UGUACGUGGAGGUAUGGCAAGUAUAUCCAUUAGCCUAACUAUCAACACAUAUAGAUUGCAAUACAUUGGAGAUAAGUGGACUAACCACAUUAACAUGAAGGGACUGUACUUGUGAUUUAGCCUAACAUGUGAAGUGUGGCAGAGCUAUACUGUGUCCUUCGUAGUCUUCCGGAUUUUUUGAAUUUUUCAAAAUGCACAUCGACUUUUGAUAAUCAGCUCGCCUGUGACGGCUCGGCUCUCAGUAUGGCUGAACCCUUAGAUGGUGCCAAGAAGGCCCAGCCAACUUCCAGUCAUGACUGGGUAGCUGAGGAAGACAGGCCAGGCGGGAAUCGGCGCCUGAGGAGCGACUUCGAAGGAAUAUGGAACCCUUCCGUACUUUCUGAUGCUGAUAGAAUUAAACGUUCUUCGCUGGUGUCGGAUGACAAUGAGGAAACUUUGGAGGAACAGCUGCUGGAUAGGCGUGAGAGAGACGGACGGGAAAGCGAGCUAUCAUGGGCGCUACCUUCUGAGCCAAAUAACAUCAUUGGAACCAGCGAGUACGGCAGUGAAGAUACUGACGAUGAGGCGAGUGGAAUACUCGAGACGAGGAGAGAGCGAUACGCCCGGGAAAGGCAGCUAUCAUGGUCACUACCUCCAGCAUAUGAUGACCUGCCGGAUAGAAAUACAAUUUCUUACGAUAAUGAUAACAUUGAGGAUCAAAUGGACAUGCUUACGGAAAUAAACGGGAACUCUGAAGCCAUGACAAAGAUGUUGAAGGAAAUAGCGAACACUCCUAAUAUGACGGACGAGGAAGUGCAACAGGGAUUAGAACUGAUUGGUCAAAAUGAGGAUGACUAUCUCGGCGAUUUUCCUCCCCUGCCGCCCGCCAAUCAACAGUCUGAAGAAUAUACAUUAAGACCACCUUGGAACACACCGAAAUUUGCGAAGCAUUUCCUUAGUCAACAGCAACAGAUCUAUCAGCGCCUGCAGCCCCAGCAAGGGCCCAGCGGUCUAUCUGAUAUUCCUCACCCCGUCACACUCCAACAGAGUGCAUUGCAGGGACCAACUCCACAAAUGAAUGUAAUGCAGAGAACAUACGCGCAACAGACGGGGUUACGGGCACCAAAUUCCCAGGCGAGUGGUUUGCGGGGGCCAUACGUACAGCAGACCGGGUCGCCUGGCGCUUCUAAUGCGGGAGAUGUGAUGCCAGCUAGGGAGGUGGAGAAAGAGAAGCCACAAAAAAGUUUUACUAUCGAGCAUUUCAAGAUAUUUUUGAAUGAGACAGGACUGUCUCUAUUCCCCGCCAAGGAAUUUAUCGCACAGACAGUCGCCACCGACAGACUGGUAAAAUUGAACUUUGCCGGACUCGACCAACUGACUGAUAUCUUCUUCCGAAUAUUGAUGGACCACGGACUCGCAGUGUACUUACCACAUCUGCGGAAGUUCAGCGCAUCGGGAUGUGUCCAUCUGACAGACGCCGGAGUCCGCUGGUUAUGUAAGAUUAGCCCGGUACUCCAGGACAUAACGCUGAUUGGCUGCAGUAAGGUAACAUCAGCAAGCCUUUCAUUACUGCUGGAGAAAGAACCGCCUCUCGGGUUCAUUGAUAUGAGCUGCACGGCGGUUUCAACACUCCCACUGUCCUUCGGCUCCUCUUCAGUCGACCUUCGUCUUGAUGGCUGCCCAAUGAUCUGCCCUAUCAAAAAGAAGCUGAAUAAAGCCUACCUAAAGGAGCCGAAAUCAUAUGUUGCUGACGGGUCAGACAUUUUUGAAGAGGUGCAGUACAAGGUAGUCAUACUAAAGAGCGGCAAGAUGGAGUUUAACUUCGGCAAGUAUCUGAGCGAGGGGCCAGGCAACUCACCUCCAGACAACCAACCUAUGACUAUCACCAGAGGAGUUACCAUCGGCAAAUUCAAACUCAACGUCUACGAUAUUAACAGAGUUCAGAUAAUGGCUGCACAGGAUCUGGUCAUCAGCGAUGGUUCCAUUUGCCUGUUUCCCUUCUACCUGGAGUCGUGCACACCAGAUCGACUCGACUAUCUGUGUUCGUUCUACUUCAGAAAGAUUGCAUAUGUCCUCUCGAAAUCUGAGUACGUUGUUCCGGUCCUGGUUGGUCUUCAUACUGGAAAGAUGGCAGGAAAGGAAGCCAGCAGCAGGUUGAUGAACCUCAAGAAUGGUGUCAUAAGGAGGUUGGAGGAAUGUCACAAGCCCCUGGAGGAAAGGCUGCACAUUAUGAUUAAGAGGAAGUGGCUGGUCCAUGACUACGACAUGAAAGGGCAGCUCUACGCCAGUGAUGCGGCUGUGAUGUUAGACAAGCUCCGGGCCACGCCUGUUUUCACUGAUAUCAUCGACACACAUAGAAAGGUAAAUCCGGAGAAGUUUUUGAAGGAUGCAAGAUCAUACGUGAACUCCGCCUUCUCUUGGAUGAUGGUUAACUGUGCAGAAAGCCAAGCCGUCAUGGACAGACUCCUCGAGGAAAAGGAGCCUAUUUUGGGGUUUUCAGAGUCAGAAGCAACAGAGAAGAUUGGCAAUGCUGCCGAAAUGGCCGGUUUCAAGACAAGCAAAAUGCACCAGCCGUAUUUGAAAACUAUUGCUCGCGCAAUGAACCAAAAGGGCUCUUUGCUCUAUUUCCCUGAGGUUGACCGCUGUCCGCUGAUUACGAACCCAGAAUGGCUAGCGAACGUCCUGGGUAUCUUGAUGAAUCCUCCACCGCCAGAUGAGAAGAUGAAGCGCUUGAUUCGCUUCGUAAGCAAGGAUCAACCGGUAUGGACGAAACAAGCCCUGCGGGAGGCACUCGCGGGAAUGGUUCAGGAAGAACAGCUGGAACUGCUUUUACCGCUGCUUCUUGACUAUGGAGUGCUCCUAGAGUGUGCCGUGGAUCGCAUCACCACCUCGGACGUCCCUUACGCAUAUGUCCCUCUCGACCCUCUGCCGAAUGGGCCACCCAUUAAUCUAUCAGACAUAUGGGCCGAAGUAAGAUACGAAACCGUUGUCCAACGUAACAAGCACUAUCAGUUUUCAUGUGGGGCCCCUCUGUCUCUGUACAGUAGCUUCACGAGCCAGUGCGCCAAGAUCUAUAAGUUCACCUUGCUGUGGAAGUACGGAUUCCUGAUCAGACAAGGCGUGGUUGAUGUACUGGUUGGUCUUGAGAGCAAUGGUAGAGACGAGCCAGUGAUCUGUGUCUCCGGCCGGACAGAGUACCAGCGGAGUGAGGCGACCGCGGUCAGGGUCAACUGCCUCUGGUCUGUGAUGAACAAGAUCACAACCAUUCUUGACCACACCAUCAAGCGCUACAGCUGCUUUGCAACGGUUGUCAUCCCCUGUCCGACCUGCAUCCCGACAAUGGUCAACAGUAAGAUAGUGAAAGAUGAGGACGUGUGGCUCUAUCAUGUCAUCCUACUGAAAGCGGGGGCAACUAGAGGUCUCAAGUGCCGUAGUAAAAAGUACAAGUGCAGCGAAACACCACUAAACAACACAAGGACAGUGGAACAACUGCUUGGACCAGACCUGAGUCUCGUUCCUCUGCACAUGACCUCCCAGUUGACCAGUUGCAACGAUGCUCUGUCUGACUACAAUCGCUGUGCCAUGUGCCAGGGCUGUGCCAUCAAGGGAAGGGAUUGCCCGGGGUAUGGACUGAUGGGAAAGACGGUCAGGCACUGUGGGUGUGAGGAGAUUCCCAACUUCCCUCUCUGUCCUAGCUGUGGAAUAUGCCAGCGGUGUGAGACGUAUCUCCAGGCACUCUACACCUCCUUGAACCCUCAGACAAUCAGGAAUGUCACUUGGAAAGAAUACAAAAUUAAAGAUAUAGACAAAUUCAGCAAGAGCAAUGUUGCUGUGGCUCUGGAAGGCAAGGUGGUUCAGCAUCCAGAGUUCAGUUGGUUCCACACUCAGAAGGACCAGCUCUAUGUUCUUGAUAAUGUCAACUUCAGCCCGGAUUUGUUCAACUCGAUAGACAUCCUGUAUUUCAGGGGUACAAAACCCAGUGUUGGCUUGGUCAGAGACGAUCACACACCCAUCAUCACUUUCAAUCCAUCGGAAGGAUGCAUCGGAAAGGACUGGUCAUCUGAGGGUGUGACGGGCCAGAAGUGGAAAAUCAAAAAUUGCACCUUAUUUUCUCUGAAGAUAAGAUACGUUCCCGUACAUGCAAAGAUGAAGGAGAAUUCGGAACACUCUGGAGGAAAGCCGCCUUCUAUGUUCGCUGUUGACUUCUACAAAGCGGCAGAAAGACUGUGGACUGAAUAUUUACCUGCCGGAAGCAUGAAAGUAGCUCUCACUGGAAGUGAAGCUGGAAGCAUGAUAGUUCAGACGCCAACUCUGUCAACUGGAGUUCCACUGACACUGGACCAUCCGGAUGCCAAGGAAGGCAAACUAUACGCAGAGGUAGAAAGACAAGACAACCCCAGUCACCUUGUACUCAGCUCCAUCACGCCACAAACAGAAAACAAUUUUAUUGUCACCACAGAGGAUGGCACAGUGCAGAUGGCAAGAGACGACCCAAAGAUUCACCCGCUUGGUUAUUCCUUUGCAUCCAACACAGAUCGAACCCUCUUCUUGCUUCCCGAACAUAGGGAAAUGUCAUCAGUACCGACCAUGUUCUACAAGAGGAAGAAGAAGAAACCGUUGGCAACAACAAGUGACAAAGCCGUUGUCACCUGCAUUGAGGACCUCAGCACAUUGAUUGAGAAGAAAAUAGUGUUACCAGCUCCACUCUGGUUUUUCACAGAGGAGCAAAGGAAUGGAUGGGAGCCCAACAUCCUUGACAUGUGCAAUUGCCAACGAUUUUACGAGUCCACUGAGGCCCAAGUCUGUGCCUACACAAGGUCAAGGCCGAGGUUCGUGGAGUGGGUGAGGUCAGCUGUCGAGGAACGGUUAGCAUAUGAAAGCUUUGCAUCCAUGUUACUGCUCCCGGCGAAGAUCGAUGAACGGUCACUGAUGUACCCAACAUUGCCUCCACACUCAAGGCAGGACUUGUUCCAGGCUGUGUACCUCUGUUCCAGCUCUGCAGAAAUGCUUGGCAUUCACCUGCUGAACAUGAAAGGAAUAACUCUGCCGGAGGAACAAGCCGACCUCACCAACCUCUUCCUUCCAUUCCACGUGUUCAUGUCCUUGGGAUGUCAGGUUUUCCUUCCUGGCUACGACAAGAUGUUGCCAGAAGUAGCCGCAGGCUCGCUGGAUGAUAAUCGUGUCCAAUAUUACCUCAGGGAGCUUCUUCUUUACAUCACAUCAAGCCUGGUCAUCUUUAAUGCCGGAGGAAAGGUACCAGAAGUGGGGGAUUUAACAGAAGACACCCUGAAGUUCAUCUAUUCUGCUGUUGAGCACAGUUCGAAAGAAAAUAAAACUACGAACGAGACAAGUGCGAUUGCUAUCUGUCCUGCCCACCGAGAGAGUGAUAGUAUAGACCCCAGUGACUUCGACGACAUUCCAGAGAUUCGGCAAUACCUACAAUUCGUCAAGACUGCGAAACUUGAACAGACAGUUGAGACACUUCCCAGUGACUUCUUUCAGCAGUUACGCGGGCUUAAGGAAUUCAAAGUGGAACGAUGUAACAUCAAGGAGCUCCCGAGUAACAUAAGUCUAUGCACUAACCUUUCCUCGCUGAAGCUAAACGGGAGCAAGAUUACUGAGCUACCGUCAGGUUUAACACAGCUGCAGGACAAAUUGAGAGAGUUGGACAUAAGCCAUCUGAACCUUUCUUCUCUGCCUGAAGUCGUGACAAAACUCACAAAGCUAGAAAUACUAACUGCAGACUGCUUGCUUUUGGAUCCUCUACCAGACACUAUAGGAGGUCUAGCCAACCUGCGCGAGUUAUCUAUGGCUGGUUCUUGCCUCUCCCAGUUACCAAAGAGCUUUAGCAAUCUGAAGAAACUGACUAAGUUGAGCUUAAGUGGUGUGCCCUGGCCGCAGGUCAAACAUGGACAGUAUCUCACAAAUGCUGGCUUCAACGAUUUCCUCACCAAGUGGAAUCUCAAAGAAUACUUCAAGAGGCACCAACGGCAACACGGAGAAGAUCACGACAUACUGAAGCCUUUUGAUGCGGAUGACAACCUGACUCUCGAUCCCACAGAAAUGGGAAAACUGAACGCGAAAAUCUUUAAUAUGUUCCCGAGAUUUGGCUUUUAUGGGAAAAGCAAACCAGUGGCUGAGAGCACUGGUGGCUUCCCAAAGGAACUCCUGCAGUUGGUGAACCUAACUCACCUGGACCUCUCCUACCAAGGCAUCGUGUCAGUCCCAGAGGAUAUCAGCCGUCUUGCCAAACUUGAGACACUCCUUUUGUCUGACAACCCUUACUUAACAUCAGUUCCAGGGACUAUUGGGAGUUCGCCGCUAGAAAGAUUAGACAUUUCUGACUGUCCAUCUAUGCGCACCCCUCCACGAGAGAUCACCUCGAAGGGGUUCUUUCCCGUCAUGGCCUACCUGAGGAGACUGACUACUGGAUCUGUCAAGUGUAAGCGGACCAAGCUCAUGUUAGUUGGUCUUGGUGGAGCGGGGAAAACUAGCCUCGUGAAAGCCUUGCUCAGUGGUACCAACAUGUCACAUCUUGAAUCCGGACAGGAUAUAACUGAUGGUAUUGACAUCCAUUCAUGGACUGUGAAGGGGAAGGAAGACUCUGUCACCUACAGUGUUUGGGACUUCGCUGGACAGACAGUUUACUACAACACCCACCAGUUCUUCCUCUCAAAUCGAGCCAUCUACCUCCUCUUGUGGAACCUCCGUCUUGGGGCUGAGCACGCCGGCCUGGACUUCUGGUUGAGCUCCAUCUCCGUGCAUGCCCCCCACGCCCCUAUCCUCGUGGUAGGCUCACACCUUGACCAGGUGCAACAGUUCAACGUUCCCACACAGCAGCUUCAGAAGAGAUACCCACAAAUCGCUGGCUUUCAUUCAAUAAGUACAUUAACUGGAAUGGGCGUCGCCGAUCUUCAAGAGAAAUUGUUCUCCGUCACUAUGCAAGAAAAAUACAUGGGAGAAGACAUACCCGAGGUUUGGUUCAACUUUGAGAAAGCUGUGAUAAGCGAACGGGAGAUCAGCACAAAUAUCAUCAACUACCAGCGGGUGGAGGAGAUAGCAUUUGCUAGCGGCAUCUUCGAUGAACUUGAGACAUCUCAAGCAGUACAGUUCCUUCAUGACCUGGGGACGGUGCAGCACUUCGAUAAUGAGUUCUUGAAGGACCAAGUGGUAAUAAAUCCCCAGUGGAUAGUUGAUGUGAUGGCCUCUGUAGUCUCGGUCAAGGAUUCGCCAAUCAAGGAAGGCAAAUUCAGACACAGUGAUGUGUCGCAGGUUUGGAAUGAACACCCAAAGAAACUCCACAAGUGGCUCCUGAGGUUGACAGAGAAGUUUGACCUGACCUUCCCGCUUGCAGAAAGAGAGAUGAACAUCGUGCCUUGUCUUCUCCCGGAAACCGAACCAGAGGUAUCAUGGCCAGACAUCGACAAAGCAUCAGGCCACAAGGAGUCGACGAUGGCGUAUCGGUUCGAGUAUCUUCCCGUAGGUCUUUUCAAUCGUGGCCAGGUCAGGCUCUAUGAAUACUGUGAUAGCUCCAUCAUAUGGAAAAGAGGGUCGUUACUCAACAAAAAUGGUCAUACAGCACUGGUGACACAACGCAAAGAUAACAAGCUGCUUGUGAAGUGCCAAGGUCCACGCCCAGAGAACAUGCUGUUCAUGAUCCACGAGGUGUUCGAAACCCUUAUACAGGAAUCCUUCAAAGGAGUUGUUUAUGACUACAAGGUGCCAUGCCCAGAUUGUCUCGGUAUGGACAGGGAUCCGUACAUGUUCAAGGCAUCUACGGUUAGGAGAGCAUCAGGACUGAAGACUCCCUUCCUGCAGUGUUCCAAGAACUUCCAUGUGCUUUCGAUAGCAGACUUGAUUAGUGCGUGUCCACCGACUGAGAGCCAAGACUAUGACCUCCAUCUCAAGAACACAGUGCACAGCCUUACCGACAUCAGGCUCGAUCUCAGUGUUGAUAUCUUCAUAUCAUGUUGCCAAGCCGAUCUACCAGAGCAAGAUCAAGACUUUGUUGACCCUAGGAAGGUCAAGACUAACAUUACGGACGCUGGUUACACGUGCUGGUUUGAGUCUGCAACAGCAAAGGACGGUCUGGAGGAACGCAUCCUCGCUCUGAGAGAUGCGAAGGUCUUCGUAGCCAUGAUCUCAAACAACUACGUGAAUGACAAAGACUGUUGCAUUCUGUUCAAGUUUGCGAGGGUUGUCUUGAAGAAGCCGUUGGUCUUAGUGACUGUCGGGCCGCCUGUUGCACACGACUGGAAACAGAGUACGAUCGGGAUGCUGGUAGCAAAUGAGGGUUACUGCAACAUGCAAAGGGAGGAACACAACAAAACCAAGAUGGAUGAACUGCUGAUAUUACUGAGUGACAAGUUGUCAGAGGGUCGGGGGAUUGCACGAAUUCCCACCUGCUUCUUCAGCUAUUGCUGGAAGAAUUCCAAGAGAGCUGCCGAUAUGGGCCAAAGGUCCACCUCCAGGUCAGUAGGUUACGGUGACCCAAUAGAUAUGAAGGAUUACCUUGAAGAAAAUGGGGUGAAGUCUAGCAUUGAUAUAGACAGGGCCAGGGAGGGAGGCCUGCUCCAAUAUAUAUCAGAAAGCCUCCGAGACGCCAAUAUAAUGGUCGCUUGUGUGUCGGAUGAGUACGCGGACUCCAUCAACUGCCAGAUGGAGUUUAGGUUCGCCACCAAAGAUCUUCAGUUACCUAUCGUGUUAGCGGUAGUUGGGAGAAGCCAGCGAUGGAGGGCCACUGAGCUUGGCCUACAUGCUCCAAACUACCCCCAGGUCAACUUUGAAGAGUCGGCCGACGAUGGGAUGAGGAAACUACUAGAAUUGGUGACGAAACAAACUGAGAAAAAGUUAGGUAAUAGUCAAAGAAAGACGAGGAAUAAAAUGUAUGAAGAACAAACGAGGACUGCAUAUCAGGAACUGUUUGAGCUCGCGCAGAGAAGGACUCUCCGCCAGCUGACCAGCUACACUGAUGUAUAUGAAAUGCAACCGUUUCCUAGGAUUCUUGUUAUUGACUUUGCUGAUCCUGAGGAAGAGGAAAGGCAAGACCAAGGAAGAGACAUCUCACUGACAGGGAAAGAAAAAUGUAUAUCAAGUUUGGAGAGCAGACUGGAUCAUUCUUUUCUGCAUAGAAACCUUUGUUUCAGGUUUUUCUGCGAACAUGAACAGGGUUGGCACGUAGAAGGAAGGGCAAUCCCUGUUCCAGAGGGCAUUUGCGAGUCCGAGCUGGUUCGCUUCUCUCCCUACCUGGCUAGGACCAUCGCGGUUAUUCAGCUCAGCCCAAAUAUUCGCCUGAAUUGUAUUGGAGGAGAAGAAGGCAAGAAAUAUAUCAAGUGGCUGGACGAGAACUGUGAUGAACAGGGUGCGACUUACAAGAGUUCCUUCCAAGCUUUGAGGCGGUAUGCUGCGAAAACAACGCAUGGAAAACUCUCUGGAAGCUUAGCAAGGUGUCUUACCACCACGGGGAAUGUGUUCUGGCUCUGUGAGGACCAUCAGAAGAGCCCGCACAUUACCCGCAUGAGUGAAACUGCUGCUCAGCACUCCAACAAGGCCGACAAUGCCAGCCUUGAUUGUCAUAUGCUAGACCAUCUUCAACCAUUGAAGGAGUGGGAGGAACAGGCAAAAUUGGUGAAAGCAAAGCCAUCUGUUGCCCUUGUUAGUAGUCCCACCGCACCAGUGCAAAGCAGAGCUACCCCAACACCGAAGUCGCGGACAUCCCUGAUGAAAAGCAGUGACAAACCGGGCACGUCAAGCCCAAGUGCAACCCGAGCCUUCAAUCCUAAGACUAAAUUCAAAGCAGCUGGAUAUGCUGCUCAGGCAUCAGUCAAAGCAAAGAACUACCAAAAGGGGAGUAAGGCGUGUGCGCUUCUCUGAUACUCAGUCAUCGGCCGAGGCGGUGAAGAACUUCUAGAAGAGGAGUUCAGCGUUAAGCAAGUGUGCAACAUCGUACAAAGUAAUGGAUAUACAUCACAGCUUUCUGCCACCGGCAAGAAAAGUACUUGACCUUUAAUAAAAACCGGGGCGUUUUUCCUCAUGCGUAUCGUGCGACAGCCCUAGAUGGUAUCUGACGAUUUCUUUGCUGGGAAUUUGGUAAUCUGCAUCAUGGUUGCCCGAAUCGGUUACCCCGGCCCGUGAGGCCUAUUCGCAUGGGCAUCUACCAUUCUUGGUCGUCAUACACCCAAGUCACCGGCAUCCAAUAAACUUAGCUCGUGCCGACGAAUUCCGAAUGUUCGCAACGCAGGUGGAUGGCCAGUGUAAAACAUGCCCGUGAGGAUACCAUUUACGUUUCGAAUCGGGUGUAGAAUUGUUUGUAAAAUACAAUUUGGCUUUCUUUUUUUCCAAAUGCGAGGAUGUGCUGACGUAAGAAGACGAAGUUCACCUUGA